CUAAGAAAGUUGAGGAAGACAAGAUCAUAGAAUUGAGACUAAAGGAAGUUUCGAUAGACAUUCAUGGAAAAGGCAUCGUUGAUGAUCGUCGAAAUAAAUUUGAAGUUCAUUUUGCCAAGGUCAAUUCCGAGUACCAAAUGAAUAAAUUUCUUGAUCACAUCAUGGAAGACCCAAAGUAUGCUUAUGCCGAAGAAGUUGUUUAUGCCCACAAACUAUAUGACUCCAUAAACAAGAGGCUAUCUAUUGGCCAUAAAAGUGGAGUAAGAGGGAUUAUUUUUGGCGCGUUUGUUGCACAACUCCAAGUCAGGGACAUUCUUGUCAUAGUAGUACUAUGGAAAUGUACGAGUUUCGAUUAUAUCAAUGAUUGUGUACUCAGUUUACUCAUAUCACAUGGACUAUUUGGACAUAAAAGCCCAGAAGAAUCACAAAGUAGAAAAUUUGAUUUCAUCCGUGUAGUCAAUGAACGUAAAUCCAGGAUCCUUAAUUUUCACGCUCAUCUUGCCUGUGUUACCUCACAAGAACAAGUUGAAAAGACUUUACAACAGCUCAAAAGAGACAGCAAGAUUAGCGAUGCAACAUAUCUGACUCACACGCUUGCCUAUAGAUUCUUUGACAAGGAAAAAAAGAGUUUUCUCGAAGAAAGUCGUGGUGAUGGUGAGAAUGUAGUCUGCAAAAAGCUGUUGCAUUUGUUACAAAUAUGCAAGGUACAAAAUGUACUUGUCAUAGUAACUCACUGGCAAUUUCAUUACUGGUCUAAAAAUCCUGGAGUUUAUAACAUUGGUCCUGAAAAUGACAUGCACAUUAAUUCAUGCGCACUGGAGGUGAUCAAGAUGGCGAAUGAAGCGGGAGUAAUUCAAACUAGUGCUCCUCUUGAAAUUAUUUGUCGUGGUCAACAGGCCUUAGCAGCCUAUGAUAACGCUCUCUUGAAUGGGAAAACGAAAAAUCGAAGAUUAUUUCUGAUGUUGAUCGGACCAUCUCGCUCAGGCAAAACAAGUUUACUGAAGUCUUUGAAAGGAGAGGUUUUUGAUCCCGACGAGGAUAGCACUGAUCUUAUAGCCUUAAAUCGCUAUUGUUGCAAGCUAAUAGACGGGAUAUGGGUGAAAGAUGGUGCAAGCGAAGACGAAGUUUCUUUUGACAGCGUUGUGUCAAAAGACAUUGCAAAGAAUUAUCAAAGUGAGCCAAAUGUAGUGGGAGAAGGGAAAAGAUCUACAAGUGCUGAUGGUAGAACAAACUUUGAUAAGAAGAUAGACGAAAAAGCUAAUCCAGUAGUAGAGAUGCAAAAGGAAGGAUCUGGUAAUGCUGAUAAGAGUUUUUUAGAAAUUGUUAGUCAAGAGAAUUCUCGUUUUUCAAGUACUGGGGCAGUUGAUAGUCCGAUUGAUUCUAGACUACAGGAGAAGAUACUGUAUGCUUUCGCGAAACAAAAGCCAAAUGAAAGCGCAGAUAUCAUUUGUUCAGCAUUAGAUAUUGCCGGUCAGCCCGUUUACGAAGUAACUCAUCCGUUGUUCAUUUCCACCAAAGGUAUUUUUCUUCUUGUUCACAAUUUGGAAAAUGAUGCAUAUGGCCUGGCGGCGCCGGUUGCAAAGAAAGGAAAUGCAAGAAGAAAAGUAGUUGACAAGUGCUCUAUGACAAAUAUGGAUCAUCUCGAGUUCUGGUUGUCAUUUGUUGCAUUAAAUGCAACUCGUCAAAGUCACAACGCAUCUGUUAACUGUAAAGUAUUGCCAAAGAAACUACCACCUGUGUUCUUGGCAUGCACCCACGCAGACAUGCCAUUUGGUGGACAGAAAAUGCCAGGAAAAUGCUACGAAAAUGCUACGAAAAUGUCAAGAGAAAUCCUUAAGCACUUGAAAACGAAUGAGCACAUUCCUGGGGAACACCUGGUUUCUUGUCUUUAUCCAGUCGACAACACUGUAUCAGGUUCGUCUGAAGAUGAAGGUGUAAGAAGGUUAAGGAAAGAUAUUUGUGAAGUGGCAAAAUGUCUGCCAUACAUGAAUGAGGAUAUCCCAGUAAGAUGGUUUCGAUUUGAGAAGGAACUUUCAUCUCUUGUUCAGGUUGGAAAGAUUAGAUAUUUAUCCACUGAUGAAGCAAAGAAAAUCGCUCUUGACUGCAAAGUUGAUGUCGAAUCUGAUGAGUUCUUCACUCUCCUAAAUUAUCUUCAUGAUAUCAGAGAAAUAAUCUUCUUCGAAGGCACAGAAACUGUCUUCAUCGAUACCCAGUGGUUAAUCAACAUGAUAAGCAGAGUCAUCACAGUUGAGCCCUUCGAGAACUGGCAAGAGGAACAGACAGAUUCUUGGACCAAACUCGAGAAUAAAGGAGUGCUAGACGUCUCUCUCUUGGAAUAUGUCUGGAGAGAAAUAGCAGAUGACAAACAUGCCAUUGAUUCUCUGUUGGUGAUUAUGGAGAAAUUCUCACUCGUUUGCCGCUGGAAAAUUGAUGACAAAGAAGAUGUUUUCCUUGUUCCAGCGAUGCUAAUGAACAGCAGUGCCCAAGAUAUCGCUGAGCUGCUGAAAGAUCAGAUGCCGCCCCUUAUCGUGUAUUUUCCAAGCUCACAUCUGCCUCUUGGUAUCUUUCCAAGAGUUCAGGUUUUGUUUGCCGAAUUGUGCAAUCGCAAGUGGCCAAGUUCGCGUCCGCCAAAGUUCUUCCACAACUUUUGCAGGUUUUUUAGUAUUGGCGAAGAUGAAAGCUUUGACUUGGUGCUCACCUCUGACAUCAGGACUAUUUUAAUUGGGGUUAUCAAUAACAAUGAAGCAGACGACCAGAAGAUCAGCGACUUUUGUCAAGAGAUCAUUGGAUUUCUGAAAACCAAGCUCGGUACAGACAUGCGUAAAGACUUCCCUUGGAUGGAAAGGAUGAAGUAUAACCUAUGCAUACACUGCCCCAUUUGCAAGCCGUCUCCAGACUGUGACCUGCCUCAUGUUCCAGGAUGUGUAAGCCCUGCCUGUGUGCACUUCAUCACAGAAGAAGAAAUCCUUAAAGAGAAGCGUCUUCGCUGUCUAGAAAAUCCAACUUCCAAGGUCACUGACAUUCCGUGUGAAUACUUUCAUCACUGGUUUCCAAAACCAGAAAAGCCGGCUGCUUCGCAACCAAUCCACGGAGCCGGUCCCAGGACAGUACCCAUUGGCAUGAUUUCGACUACAGGAUCCUUAAGCCUUGAUGAAAAUAGCAAAAGAUGGGUUGUGGUUGGUAUUGCUAUCAUGAAGGUACUGUUGCCUGCUUUACGAAAUUUUGUUCUUCCAAAGAUUACCAAACACUACAAUGAUCUGAAGACCAAUCACAACAUAGACACCCAAGUCUUUGGAACACAUCUUAAGAUGGAUGGCACAUACAAAUUCAAUUAUGACAGCAUAAACAGCAACCAAGGAAAGAAACCACCGCUGUUUGACUACAGGGUCACAUCUGAGGUCGACUUGGCAAAGCUGUGUUUGAAGCCUUUUAUGGCUAAAUUCACUGGAAUUGAUGAAACCUGUGACCUGUCGGCUGUUCUUGGAAUAUUAUCUUCUGCAAGCGUUUUCCUUCCGGCGACGCAAGCUGCCGCCAAGGACGUCCGACAAUACGUACGCAAUGAAUGGGGUCAUUGCAAUUUUACUGAAUGGGACGAAGUGAAAAUUGCAGACUGCUUCAAAUUCAUGGAUGUUCUGGUGAAAAGUCUGAUACUAGCUGAUGAAGAGGAGAAGAAGCUUCUAGAAGAACUCAAAGAAUGGGAAGAGAAUGGUGUUGCCCUUUGCCUUCGCAACCCACCUGAUGGAGGCCUGUUAAACGUCUAUGAAAAUGUGUCCUUGGUGCUAAAGGAAGUACAAUCUCUCAAGGAAAGUAAUCCUGAAGAGUUCCAACGAAUUACCUCCGCACUAGAAGCGUUCAAAGAAGAGGUUAUCAAAUGUCUAAAAAAGCUUGAAGAGGGCCAGGAAGAUAUUAAAGCAAGGUUAACAGAUAUUGCAAGUGGUGUGAAUGAUGUGAAGUCACUACUCGAACUAUCCUUAGCGUCAGGCAGACAUGAAAUCCGCCAAUCAGCACGCGCGUUAGAAUUGAGCUAUAAUAGUUAUCUAUAACGUAUUCCUUACUAGGU